AUGUUAAGCAAUCCUUAUAAUUAGGACUCAAAUUACUCGACAGUAGAAAUUAAGCAAGGAAUAAAAAGAAACGUGAAAGAAAUUUCUAACUAUGCUGAAAUCAAAGCAAGCAAAGAAUAAUUUAAAGCAAUUAAAAUUAAACAAAAAUCCUACAUAAAGUUAAAGCAACAAAACAGAGUUUGUGCAUUUCCAUGUUACAAUGACAACAUCAUAAUGCAUCAAAAGGGAGAGGAUCAACUACUUCGACCAAGAAAUCAGGAUGAUGAUAAUUAAUCUGAUGAUGAAAUAAUAUUUCAAUCUUUGAAAUUUACGUUAAAUGCCUUAGUAGAAGCUUUAUAAAUUGAAAAUAAGAGGAAGUAUUCGUUUCAAUAGUUCAUAUCAAAUGAUUUAAUAAAUUUGCUUAAUUAAUGA